AUGUCUAGGGACCCAUUGGUUGUCGGUCAUGUCGUCGGCGACAUCGUGGACCCUUUCGUCACCACCGCGUCGCUCAGGGUCUUCUUCAACAGCAAGGAGAUGACGAAUGGGUCUGAGCUGAAGCCAUCUCAAGUGCUGAACCAGCCAAGGAUUUAUAUCGAAGGCCGUGACAUGAGGACACUCUACACGCUUGUAAUGGUGGACCCUGAUGCACCAAGCCCCAGCAACCCUACUAAAAGGGAGUACCUUCAUUGGUUGGUGACAGACAUUCCAGAGACCACUGAUGCCAGAUUUGGCAAUGAGAUAGUCCCCUACGAGAGCCCACGCCCAACUGCAGGCAUCCAUCGGUUUGUGUUCAUCCUCUUCAGGCAGUCAGUCAGGCAGACCACAUAUGCUCCUGGGUGGCGCCAAAAUUUCAACACCAGGGACUUCUCUGAGCUCUACAGCCUCGGCUCGCCGGUUGCCGCUCUCUUCUUCAAUUGCCAGAGGGAGAACGGCUGUGGAGGACGAAGGUGUGUUAGAUGA